AUGGCGUCAUCUAGCAGCACAUACCGGAGCUCUAGCUCCUCCGACGGUGGUAAUAAUCCAUCGGAUUCCACCGUCACCGUCGACGAGAGAAAGCGUAAGAGAAUGCUCUCGAAUCGCGAAUCUGCGCGUAGAUCCAGGAUGCGUAAACAGAAACACGUCGACGAUCUAUCGGCUCAGAUCAAUCAGCUCACGACCGACAACCGUCAGAUCUUGACGAGCCUCACCGUCACGUCUCAGCUUUACAUGAAGAUCCAAGCCGAGAACUCCGUUUUGACCGCUCAAAUGGCUGAGCUUAGCACCAGACUCGAGUCGUUGAACGAGAUCGUCGAUCUCGUGACGACGACGAACGGUGCAGGAUUCGGUGGAGUCGACCAGAUCGACGGCUGUGGAUUCGAUGAUCGUACGGUUGGGAUUAAUAGCGACGGAUAUUACGAAGAUAUGAUGAGUGGCGUUAAUCCUUGGGGUGGUUCGGUUUACACUAACCAACCCAUCAUGGCUAAUGAUAUGAAUAUGUAUUAA